UUGGAACAAUUAACCAAAGAAGCAGAAGGGGGUACCCAUUCAGGUGGUAAAUCAGGUGGCUUUGAUGUAAAAGCCCUAAGAGCCUUUCGUGUGUUGCGACCUCUACGGCUUGUAUCAGGCGUGCCCAGUUUACAGGUUGUCCUGAACUCCAUUAUAAAAGCCAUGGUUCCCUUGCUCCAUAUUGCCCUUUUGGUAUUAUUUGUAAUCAUAAUCUAUGCUAUUAUAGGAUUGGAACUUUUUAUUGGAAAAAUGCACAGAUCAUGUUACUUAGAGGAUUCAGAUUUCUUAGCUGAAGAUGAUCCUGCACCUUGUGCAUUCUCAGGGAGUGGACGUCUGUGUAGCGUGAAUGGCACUGAAUGUAAGAGUGGCUGGGCUGGACCCAAUGGAGGCAUAACCAACUUUGACAAUUUCGCCUUUGCAAUGUUAACUGUGUUCCAGUGUAUAACCAUGGAAGGUUGGACUGAUGUGCUAUAUUGGAUGAAUGAUGCUAUGGGAUUUGAAUUACCAUGGGUGUAUUUUGUCAGUCUCGUCAUCUUUGGGUCAUUUUUCGUACUAAAUCUUGUUCUUGGUGUAUUGAGCGGGGAGUUUUCUAAGGAAAGAGAAAAGGCCAAGGCCAGGGGAGAUUUUCAGAAGCUGCGGGAAAAGCAGCAGCUUGAAGAAGAUCUCAAAGGCUAUUUGGACUGGAUCACACAAGCGGAAGAUAUUGACCCUGAGAAUGAAGAGGAAGGUGAUGAAGAAGGCAAACGAAAUACAAGCAUGCAAGCGAGUGAAACUGAAUCUGUGAAUACUGAAAAUGUUGGAGGAGAAGGAGAGGGCCAGGCAUGCUGUGGAGCAUUUUGUCAAGUUAUCUCAAAAUCCAGGUUCAGUCGCCGUUGGCGCCGAUGGAACCGGUUCAACCGCAGAAGAUGUAGAGCAGCUGUAAAAUCAGUCUCAUUCUAUUGGUUAGUUAUUGUAUUGGUAUUCCUGAACACGUUAACCAUCUCGUCUGAGCAUUACAACCAACCUGAUUGGUUGACCCAAAUACAAGAUAUUGCAAACAAAGUUCUGUUGGCUUUAUUCACCUGUGAAAUGUUAGUGAAGAUGUACAGUCUGGGCCUGCAAUCCUACUUUGUGUCCCUUUUUAAUCGUUUCGACUGCUUCGUGGUAUGUGGCGGCAUUGUGGAAACCAUCUUGGUGGAAUUGGAAAUUAUGUCUCCCCUGGGAAUUUCAGUGUUCCGCUGUGUUCGUCUUCUCCGGAUUUUUAAAGUGACUAGGCACUGGACAUCCCUGAGCAACUUGGUAGCAUCCUUGUUAAACUCAAUGAAGUCCAUUGCUUCACUGUUGCUUCUGCUUUUCCUCUUCAUCAUAAUCUUCUCAUUGCUUGGAAUGCAGCUGUUUGGAGGCAAAUUUAAUUUUGAUGAAACUCAAACAAAACGGAGCACCUUCGAUAAUUUUCCACAAGCUCUUUUAACUGUAUUCCAGGUAAUUAAUAAAUAUGAUUGGCAUGGGUUGGUUAUGUAUGAUGGCAUUAUGGCAUAUGGUGGCCCAUCCUCAUCAGGAAUGGUAGUCUGUAUAUACUUCAUUAUUCUGUUCAUCUGUGGGAACUAUAUCUUGUUAAAUGUCUUCUUGGCCAUUGCUGUUGAUAACCUGGCUGAUGCUGAAAGUCUGAACACGGCCCAGAAAGAAGAAGCAGAGGAAAAGGAGAGGAAAAAGAAUGCCAGAAAAGAGAGUUUGGACACUAAAAAGGGAGACAAAAGUGAAGCCGAACAAAAGAAGGCCAAGGAUGCUAAGGUUACAAUUAAUGAAUAUGGAGGAGAAGAAGAAGACAAAGAUCCGUAUCCACCUUGUGAUGUUCCAGUAGGUGAAGAAGAGGAGGAGGAGGAGGAAGAAGAGCCAGAAGUGCCAGCUGGUCCUCGACCCCGAAGAAUAUCUGAACUUAAUAUGAAAGAGAAGAUGACACCAAUUCCUGAAGGGAGCUCCUUCUUUAUUUUCAGCAAUACAAAUCCGAUUCGAGUGGGAUGUCACAGGCUAAUCAACCACCACAUUUUCACCAACCUCAUUCUGGUUUUCAUCAUGCUUAGCAGUGCCUCCCUUGCAGCUGAAGAUCCUAUUCGCAGCCAUUCUUUUCGAAAUAAUAUACUUGGUUACUUUGACUAUGCUUUCACAGCCAUCUUUACUGUUGAAAUCCUGUUAAAGUUAACCGUGUUUGGAGCAUUCCUUCAUAAGGGGUCUUUCUGCCGGAAUUACUUUAACUUGCUGGACUUGUUGGUAGUGGGUGUUUCUCUUGUGUCAUUUGGCAUUCAAUCAAGUGCUAUUUCAGUUGUGAAGAUUCUGAGAGUUUUAAGAGUCUUAAGGCCCUUAAGGGCUAUAAACAGAGCGAAAGGACUUAAGCAUGUUGUUCAGUGUGUCUUUGUUGCUAUUCGAACUAUUGGUAACAUCAUGAUUGUCACAACUCUGCUGCAGUUCAUGUUUGCGUGUAUUGGUGUCCAGCUCUUUAAGGGUAAAUUCUAUCGGUGCACAGAUGAAGCAAAACAAAAUCCUGAGGAAUGUCGGGGGAUCUUUAUUGUUUACAAAGAUGGAGAUGUCGAUAGUCCAAUGGUGAGGGAAAGAAUAUGGCAGAACAGUGAUUUCAACUUUGACAAUGUGCUUGCUGCUAUGAUGGCUCUUUUCACUGUGUCCACUUUUGAAGGCUGGCCCGCGCUUCUGUAUAAAGCUAUAGAUUCAAAUGGGGAGAACAUUGGCCCAGUCUACAAUUACAGAGUGGAGAUUUCCAUCUUCUUCAUCAUUUAUAUCAUCAUUAUUGCUUUCUUCAUGAUGAACAUAUUUGUUGGUUUUGUCAUUGUCACGUUCCAAGAACAAGGAGAACAAGAAUACAAGAACUGCGAAUUGGACAAAAAUCAGCGCCAGUGUGUAGAAUAUGCUUUGAAAGCACGUCCUUUGCGUAGAUACAUUCCAAAAAAUCCUUACCAGUACAAAUUCUGGUAUGUGGUAAACUCUACGGGGUUUGAAUACAUCAUGUUUGUUCUCAUCAUGCUGAAUACACUUUGCUUGGCUAUGCAGCACUAUGGGCAGUCCAGAAUUUUUAAUGAUGCAAUGGAUGUUCUCAACAUGGUUUUUACUGCAGUGUUUACUAUUGAAAUGGUUCUGAAGCUCAUUGCUUUUAAACCCAAGCACUAUUUCACUGAUGCAUGGAACACUUUUGAUGCCUUAAUUGUUGUUGGUAGCGUCGUUGAUAUUGCUAUAACUGAAGUUAAUCCAAAGCCAACUGAAAGUGUCACAACAGAUGAGUCUGGGAACAACGAAGACAGUGCUAGAAUCUCCAUUACCUUUUUCCGUCUCUUCCGAGUAAUGCGUCUAGUGAAGCUCCUCAGCAGGGGUGAAGGAAUAAGAACAUUAUUAUGGACAUUUAUCAAAUCAUUUCAGGCUCUACCAUAUGUAGCUCUUUUGAUAGCCAUGUUGUUUUUCAUCUAUGCAGUUAUUGGAAUGCAGGUGUUUGGCAAAGUUGCUCUGCGGGAUGGUACUCAAAUUAACCGGAACAACAACUUUCAGACUUUUCCCCAAGCAGUGCUACUCCUUUUCCGGUGUGCAACAGGAGAGGCUUGGCAAGAAAUCAUGUUAGCUUGUCUGCCAGGAAAACGAUGUGAUCCAGAGUCUGAUGCCAAUCCGGGAGAAGAAAACACAUGUGGGAGCAACUUUGCCAUUCUGUAUUUCAUUACUUUCUAUAUGUUGUGUGCUUUUUUGAUUAUCAACCUCUUUGUGGCUGUCAUCAUGGACAACUUUGAUUAUCUGACACGUGAUUGGUCUAUUCUUGGUCCCCAUCAUCUAGAUGAAUUUAAAAGGAUAUGGUCAGAAUACGAUCCUGAAGCAAAGGGAAGAAUAAAACACCUCGAUGUUGUCACCUUAUUACGACGCAUACAACCCCCUUUGGGUUUUGGUAAAUUAUGUCCUCACAGAGUUGCAUGUAAGAGGUUGGUAGCCAUGAACAUGCCCCUAAACAGUGACGGCACAGUCAUGUUUAAUGCUACUUUAUUUGCUUUAGUAAGAACAGCUCUGAAGAUUAAAACAGAAGGGAACUUAGAGCAAGCAAAUGAAGAACUCAGAGCUGUUAUAAAGAAAAUCUGGAAGAAAACUAGUAUGAAACUCCUUGAUCAAGUUGUCCCCCCAGCUGGCGAUGAUGAGGUAACCGUGGGGAAGUUCUAUGCCACCUUCCUGAUACAGGACUACUUUAGGAAAUUCAAGAAACGGAAAGAACAAGGACUGGUGGGGAAACACCCUGCAAAGAACACCACAGUUGCACUCCAGGCUGGGCUAAGGACACUUCAUGAUAUUGGUCCUGAAAUUCGGCGAGCUAUAUCCUGUGAUUUGCAAGAAGAUGAACCUGAGCAAAAUCACCAUGAGGAAGAGGAAGUAUAUAAAAGAAAUGGCGCCCUGUUUGGAAAUCAUGUAAACCAUGUUCCCAAUGAUACAAGAGAUUCAUUUCAGCAGAUCAAUACCACACAGCGUCCACUACAUGUCCAAAGGCCAUCAAUUCCAUCUGCAAGUGAGACUACUGAGAAAAAUGUGCAUCCUUCAACAGGAAAUUCUGUAUUCCAUAACCAUCAUAGUCAUCACCAUCAUCAUCAUCACAACUCAAUAGGGAAGCAUGUUCCAAAUUCAACAAAUGCUAACCUCAAUAAUGCCAACAUGUCCAAAGUGGUGAAUGGAAGACAUACAAGCACUGGAAGCCAUGAGAAUAUGACUGAAACAGGCCACCGCUCACAUUCCAGAAGGAAUCGUCAUGAAAAACGUAGAUCUUCCAAUCGCAGAUCUCGCUAUUAUGAAGCUUAUAUUAGGUCAGAAUCAGGAGAUAGGCAUCUGCCCACAAUUUGCCGAGAAGAUCAUGAAGUUCGAGAUUACUAUAAUGAUAAUCACUACUUGGAUGAUCAGGAAUAUUUUAGUGGUGAAGAAUAUUAUGAAGAAGACAGCAUGUUAUCAGGAAGCAGACAUACACAUGACUAUCAUAGCAGAUAUUACUAUAAUGAUUCAGAUUUUGAACGGCCAAAAGGUUAUCAUCACCCACAUGGCUUUUAUGAAGAUGAUGAGUCACAAAUGUGUUAUGAUUCAAAACGAUCUCCUAGGAGACGAUUGCUACCUCCAACACCAACACCACAUCGCCGUUCUUCCUUUAAUUUCGAAUGCCUCCGCAGACAAGGCAGUCAAGAUGAAAUACCACUGUCCCCUAGUUUUCAUCACCGCACUGCAUUACCUCUGCAUUUAAUGCAACAGCAAGUCAUGGCUGUUGCAGGACUGGAUGCCACUAAAGCUCAUAGACAUUCUCCUAGUCGUUCAACACGUUCCUGGGCCACUCCACCAGCUACCCCACCCAACUGGGAUCGUACUCCAUAUUAUACACCUCUUAUCCAAGUGGACCAAGUAGAAUCUACAGAACACAUGAAUGGCAGUCUGCCUUCUUUACAUAGGAGUUCUUGGUACACAGAUGAUCCUGAUAUUGCUUAUCGGACAUUUACACCAGCUAAUUUGACUGUACCAAGUGACUUUAGGCAUAAGCAUAGUGACAAACAGCGAAGUGCAGACAGUUUGGUGGAAGCGGUACUUAUUUCAGAGGGAUUAGGACGGUAUGCCAAGGACCCAAAGUUUGUUUCUGCUACAAAGCAUGAAAUUGCAGAUGCUUGCGACAUGACUAUUGAUGAGAUGGAAAGUGCUGCAAGUAACCUUCUCAACGGGAACAUUAGCAAUGGGACCAAUGGUGACAUGUUCCCCAUUUUAAACAGACAAGAUUAUGAACUUCAGGACUUUGGUCCUGGUUAUAGUGAUGAAGAGCCUGAUACUGGUAAAUAUGAAGAAGACUUAGCUGAUGAAAUGAUAUGCAUUACAACCUUAUAGUAUUUAUCAAGGGGGGGAAAUGAUGUGAUCUUAAAUAAACAAAAGUGCCUCUUAGUUCCAAGAUGCUAGGCACUAGUUGGAAUUAAUAAGGAAUCAAGCUUCAUAUGAGUGAUGUUACUACAUCACAAGGAAGUCAUACUUUUAUUUAUUAGCAAGUGUCUCUGGAAUGGUGAAGCAGAAUCUGAGCGGCAGGUCACCAAGACCUUUGCUACAGAGUUUUGAGCUCAUCAGUGAGUGAAGAGUGAUCGCUAAAUCCAAGGAGAUCCGAACCAGCCUGCUUUUAAAAUAGAUAAAAGUUGGAAGAUUUGCUGUCUUUCAAUUUUGUGCUGCUGCUCUUCAAAGUGUAAAUGGUUUUUUUUUCUGUAGGGAAAGGGUUCGCACAAAUGAAAAGUGUGUAGGAAAAGGUGAUGGUGAUGACAAUCAACAGUGUCAUUACCUCCAAUCACACAGCAUAUCAAAUGUUCACUGUUCAGCAUAUCCACUCAGAUAUUGUUUUCAAAUUUGCCUCUUUUUUCUUUUUCUUUUUUAAAGUACUUGUCUAAUACAGUUGUCAAAUGCUACGUACAAGGGAUUGUUAUAAUGGACUGAUGCUGUCAAGGGUUUUUCUCUCAUAUGUAACACCAGUUUACAUAGGAAAAUAUCAUUAACGAUAGUCUGUUUUAUGACUAUCACUUUAAGGGCAAAAUAUACUGGAAUAAUUGCAUUUUAACCAAUGCACUUGCAACCAGGUUAAAGUAGAGUUAGGUAAGAUAGUUUGUUAAAAAUUAUAUAGCAGAGAAUAUUGUAAAUAAAUUGUAAUCUACAAUCAUUUGUAUUUGUAAAGAGAUGUUCUAUAUUUUGUAAUUAUUGUACCGUAAUUGAACUGCAGCAAUAUUUAUGGAGCCUAAUUAUUGUAAUUCUCCACAGAAUUCUAGAUAGAAGUAUUUUUAUUUGGACUGUAUAGAGUUAUAGAAUUAAAUAUUUAAAUACAGCCACCAAUUAUUUCUUCAUUGUAAAAUGCUUUUGAAGUUAAAAAAAACUUGAUGCUACAGAGAUUUUAUAAAAUAUUUUGAGUCAUUGGGAGUCUCACUUUACAUUAAGACAAGGAAGAUAACUAUUUGCAGUCUUAUAUUUGGAAAGUUAAGAGAUUUAGAAUUAUCUGUAAUCUUUUUGACUGAAAACAAACUGUGCUUUCAUUUAUACUAAAACUCCUGCAAUAACUGGUAAAUUGAAGAAAAAUAAAUCAUUUUAAAAUCGGGCCACUUCUAGCAAGAUUUUUUAAAUAUAUCAUAUAACUAUUAAAUAACAAAGUAUUCUACUUGGUAGCAACUUCUAAUGAAGAAAUAGUUUAGCAGGUGGAUGAAAAAUAUUAACAAGUUAUUCAGCUUGAAGUAGAACAUGUUAUGAGAGGAAUAUUUACAGUACCAAAAGAUUCCUAUUUUGUUAGGAGUUUGGUUGCCUCAGUUUUUGCUGUUUCUCCAUGUACUGUUUCAAGGAUUCAUUUUUAUGCAAUCAAAGGAGGGCUUAGCUAUUGUUCACGAUGCAGUAAAAUCCUGAUAUUGAGACUAAUACAAUUUUUUGCAGAAUGAUAAAGGUCAAAAGUCUAUUUUAUUAACACUGGAUAAAUUGACUUGGUCUGCCAAGUAAUCUUAUCAGGGUUUAUCUGUAUUAACAAAACAGGUAGCACAUUUUUUAAAAAAAUGUGGUACGUAUGAACUAUGUUAAUAUAUAACCAUUUUGUACACAGUGGCAAUUUGCCAUGGAUACCUUACAGACCUCUUCUUGAAUCAUUCUUCUUUCAAAUGCCAGGAGAGAAUUUAAGGGUUUGUAAAUUAUUUCUCAACCUACAUCAUUUUGUAUGAAAAGAAAUGCAAAAUGUUCUUCAGAAUAAAAAUGUGUAAUAAUUUUAUUAUA